AGGGACCUUUGGCGUCGUUUUGGAUGUGGGGGUCUGGUCUCGGUGAUCUCAGGCACCGCUGCCUCGGGCUGCUCGCUACUCAUCUCACAGGAAAACCCUCGUAUUGCAGCAUAUUGCUCUCGCGUGGGCUGAAGGACGGAAAGCGCGGAAUCUUCAGGUCCCUUGAACCUAGGUGCUCGGGUUUCAUCCUUGAAAUAUUCGGCAUUGCCAAGUCGGAUACCACAGCUAGCUCGCCGCCUGGACCUUCACUACCAUUUUGUUGCGGAUGCCGUGGCCUACCAGUCUUUCGAUCGCAUCGAGAGAGAGAGCGUCGACCCAGCGUCGAUCCGGAUUGGCAGAGGCCCAGCUUGGGCCCGGGCGGCGACACUCUCCAGCGAUUUUUGUCGCCUGAAACUUGGCCGACAAAAUAAUCGAGGGUUGCAGGUCUUCCCUCGGUCAUUUUCGCUGUGAAUUUGAAGACCCCCCGCCGCUGCUCGAUCACUCCGAUCAAAUUGACUUUUCAGCGUAUGGUGCGUGCAUCCUCUGACAGAACGAGCCUUGUGGCGUCGGGCACGCUUAAACGCCCGUGGCUCGAAGGCGUAUAAAAGCUAUUCAAGGAUACUGGGAAGUCCUUACGUUCCAGCAACGCCCACAGUCCCACCUCAGGCAAUCGCCGCUCCCACUCUUUCCUCGUCCUUCUUUAACACCUCAGAGCCUUUGCUCGUCACUCUCUCCACACUCCUCUCGCAGCAACCUCGCACCCACUCGUUCAUCAUGUUCGCCAAAAUCUUCGCCCUUGCUACCAUGGCCCUCGCGGCUUCUGCUGCCACUCUCCCCGAGAAGCGCUCUGCCGACAUCGCCGGCACUCACAGUGGUGAUGGUACCUACUACGCUACCGGCCUCGGUGCCUGCGGCAUCUACAACGUCGACACCGACUACAUCGCCGCUGCGUCGCACAUCCUGUACGACAGCUUCCCUGGCUACGCCGGCGGCAACCCCAACGACAACCCCAUCUGCGGCAGGAAGGUGACUGCCCACUACAACGGCGAGUCUGUCACCGUCGCCAUCACCGACCGCUGCGAGGCGUGCGCCGAGUGGGACCUCGACUUCUCGCCCUCUGCGUUCUCGCAACUUGCGGACCAGUCCGUCGGCCGCAUCCACGGCGUCACCUGGACCUUCGACUAAGCGGCACCCUCUUCCCCCCUUUCCUCCAAGGCAUAUUUAUUCUCUUUGCUCUCCGUACGUCAGUGGUGUUCCCGAGCGCAGCCCGUGGCUGCCGCGAGGGCCAGGAGGUUUUCAGACCGUGAUGUUUCGUUUCACACUACACCCUCCCUUUCCACACGUCUCUCUCGUUGCUUUGCUCGGUCUCUGUCUGUAAAAUGUGCGGCUCUGGAUGGCUCGCACGAAUUCCUGUAGCUCUUAGUCGUCGUCUGUGUUUGUAUAUCUAGAAUCGUUGUAUGUGCUUGGUUAUAGAAGAAUAUGCUGUUUGUA